GUAAACCCAGAGCCCAAGGCAGAGUAGCGGCGAGUCGGCGAGUCGGCGACUCGCGCUAGGGCCAGACUCCAGAGCAACGGCAGGCAACGCGGCACAGCAAUUCCUGAAGUCCUGAACUCCUCGAGCAGCAGCGAACACUCCAAGCAGCCACCUGCGGAGAUAGGGAUGGCGAGAGCAAGAAAAACUCCAAAGUUUGCAGUAAUGAAAAAGCUUAUAAGCUCAAAAACACUUCGGAAACAUAAAGAAGAGAUUCUAAACCCCAAUAAGAAAGAUCUUGAAAAGGAGAAACUCCCCAGAAAUGUGCCAAAUGUUUCUUCUGCACUUUUCUUCAAACAUAACACUGCCCUGGGACCUCCUUAUCGGGUUUUGGUUGACACCAACUUCAUCAAUUUUUCCAUUCAAAAUAAGUUGGAUUUGGAGAAAGCAAUGAUGGACUGUUUAUAUGCAAAAUGUACCCCCUGCAUCACCGACUGUGUCAUGGCAGAACUGGAGAAGUUAGGUCAGAAGUACCGUGUAGCUCUCAGGAUUGCCAAGGAUCCUCGAUUUGAGAGACUGCCUUGUACUCACAAAGGAACUUAUGCUGAUGAUUGCAUUGUUGAUAGAGUUACUCAGCAUAAGUGUUACAUCGUUGCCACAUGUGAUCGAGACUUGAAGCGGAGGAUUCGCAAGAUACCUGGUGUGCCAAUCAUGUAUAUCACUCAGCAUAAGUACUCAAUUGAACGGUUGCCUGAAGCAACAAUUGGUGGAGCUCCAAGAUACUGAUAAUGCAGAUCUGACCUUUCAGCCAGGGGAAGAGCAUCGGUUUUGUUCCAUUUCCAGUUUCUGCAGAAAUUAGCUGAGGAUUUAGUGUUGAGUAGUUAUUUCCCAAUUUUGUAGGAAAUUUCCUCAUUGGAUUUUGGUUUCCAUAUCGUGCAAUCCAAUUUACUUUAAAAGGUAGUGAGAUUAGAGCCAUGGAUUGGAACGGUAUCCCACAAUGUAUAUGCUCAGGUGGAAUGCUAGUUUGGCAGUUGACAUGGGACCCUACUAACCUGGAUGUGUUUUAUUGUGGUCACAAGAUCAGUAACAAAAAAUGGGCAAUUGUAUAUGCUCAGAUGGAUUGAUAACUGGUUUGUUGAGAUCGAUCAUCAACUUGUCCCUUGUAUGUUUGCUGUAGUUUUGAUUAUUCUAAUGCCUACGAGUUGUUCGAUGAAA